GUGGCUCUCCGUCAGGCUCUUGGCACAGAAUGCAGCGCUGCAUGGGUUGUGCUACGGUCCAACCGAAGUAGGAGCAGCGCGAUCAGCAACUUCGUGGCAGGAUGGAGAAGAAGAAAAGUGAUUAUGGAGCGUUGGAUUCCAAGGAGAGUAAAGAAGCGUAUGAGCGAGCUGGAGGGGUCAAAUUGGUGGACCACCCUCUGUACAAGAAGCCGGCUCUUCGGACUUCUGUUCGAUCGAUUCUUCCCCGCAUGAUGUGCCUUUGCCUUGUGCUGGUUAUCGUGUGCGUGGGCUCGGGGUAUGUUAUGUAUGUACAGCUCGCGUCAGGAUACGUUCCAAUUAAGCCUGGGACAACAGCAUACAGCUUGACACAUCCAGGAAUGGACAGGAUGCGGGGGCAUGAAGCAGGUCCCUCACUUCAAUCCAUGAAUCACCUCCGUCCUGCCUUGCAACCGUACUAUGCACACCACAAGGCGAGCAGAGAGCACAUGAAGCCCAAGAAAGAGUGGAUCCAUGCCGAGGAGAAGGAGAACGGACAUCUCUGGAAGGAAUGGUGCAAGAAGAUGUCAGUGGGAGUGCGGAGAAAGUGGUGCCCUCAGUACGAGCGGUCAGUGCACGAGGAGAUCAAGAGGUUAAUCUGAAGUCGUUCGAGCUUGUUUCUACUAUCGUAGCGUCCAAGGGCUUCAAGUCUCGAUGGCACCUCCCAUCUUCAAAUCUUGUUUCAUUCAGUGAUCAGGCAACUCCCAUAUUCAAAACUAAA